AUGGCUCCUCACUGCCCGCCCCGCGGCAUCUACGUGCCUUGCGUCGCCUUCUUCCACGAGGAUGAGACGCUGAACAUGGAGGCGAUCGGCACGCAUCUUACCCGAAUGGCCAAGGCUGGCGUCGACGGUCUGGUCAUCCAGGGCUCCAACGGCGAGGCCAUGCACAUGUCGCACGAGGAGCGCAUCGAGGUCCUGAAGCUCGCUCGCUACACCGUCGAUCAAUACGGCAAGCCGGGCGCCACCAUCAUCGCCGGCUGCGGCGCGCAGUCCACGCGCGAAACCAUCCAGCUGUGCACGGAGGCUCACGAGGCCGGCGCCGACUACGCGCUUGUCCUCAGCCCCAGCUACUGGCUCCCCGCCAUGCAGAAGCCGGUCAUCUACAAGUUCUUCGACGACGUGGCCACGGCGUCGCCCAUCCCGAUCCUGCUGUACAACUUCCCCGGCGUGACGGGCGGCAUCGACCUCGACUCGGACACCAUCAUCAACCUGGCCGCCGCCAACCGCAACGUCGUCGGGUGCAAGCUGACCUGCGGCAACAUGGGCAAGCUGCAGCGCGUGGCGCACGACCCGCGCAUCGGCCGCGACUUCGCCGCCUUUGCCGGCAAGACGGACUUUAUGCUGCACGGGCUCGUCGGCGGCUCGCACGGCGUCAUCGCCGCGACGGCCAACCUGGUGCCCAAGGUGCACACGGUGAUGCUGAGCCUGUACGACGAGGGGAAGAUCGAGGAGGCGCAGCAGCUGCAGACGCGCUUCAGCCGCGCGGACUGGGCGCUGGUGCAGCUCGGCGUCGCGGGCCUCAAGGCCGCGCUGGACAAGUACUACGGGUAUGGGGAAGGGCGCAGCCGCCGGCCGCUGGGAUCGGUGGACGUGGCCAAGUUUGACGGUGAGGCUGGCGCGCCGCUGCGCGACCUGGUCGAGUACGAGAACUCGUUGCCGGAUGUCAAGCUUCCCACUACGUUUUGCGGUACUCGUUGA